CUCUUCAAACCAGCAACGUUUUCGACGUUCAUUCUGCCAGUUGUUAUCAAGAAUUCGAAGAGCUAACGCUAUCACCGGAUAGAUAAGUUAACCGCAAAAAUAUUUACAAAGUACGACUGCCCAGUGUGGUUUGUGUUUUGCGUGUCUCAGUGAACUGGGCAACUUCGUUCCAGUAGGACCUAACUCCUAUACUGUGAGCCUUUAGCUCCGGGCAUCGUAAAUCCCCAAGCGUCACUUUCUCUGCAAGGUUCUUUAGUCUUCGCAAUAUUGAACGAAGUAGGUGUGGUGUCCACUGUGUCCUCUUUUACUUCUAAUCAGCAAGACUAUUUAGAAUCAAAAGGUCUCGAUUUUGUCUUUGUUUCAGUAAAUGGGUGUGUGAACCCGGAACGACUUGAAAAUGCCGGAAGUUUAUCGUGCCAUAAAAAUAAUCACAUGUAUGUCAAAUCGACAAUUUUAUAUACUUUACAGGAGGGCAUAAGAGAUGGGCCAACGAAAUUUGAUGGCCCUUGCCCUACUGGCACUCCUAACGAUUGUUAAUGCAGUCAGUAUCGAAGCUAGAGCGAAUGGUGCUUUGGUAAUAGGUGGGGAUCGCAUUCAAGAACUUCAUGAAAUUCAGGAAGAGCUGAAAACGAAGUUUAAAAAUUUCGAAAUCAUGAUGGAAUCUGAAGUGGGCAAACUAAAAGAGAAGAUUGCGCUGUUGGAGACAAAAGUUCAGGACCAGGAUGUCCUGUUGCAAAGCUAUAAAGAUCGACAGGACGAUAGCACUAUUCCCACAACAAAUGUCGAAAUCAUGGAACGGAGUAGCAAAAAGACAAUUCUAGAACCCAAGACUUGCUUGGAAGCUCGUACGUCUGAUCCCUCGUUGGAAUCCGGAAUGUAUUUCAUCGAUCCGGACGGCCAAGGAAGAGGAGACGACCCCAUUUACGUGUACUGCAACAUGACUACCGGGUCAACAUCAGUGCUUCACGAUAGCGAGGAUGCAAUUGAAGUCGGCCACUGUUUCGAUCCCGGAUGUUAUUCUAGACAGAUCAAGUACAACGCUACGCUAAGACAGAUUACUAUGCUUAGUGAACUCUCGAAUGUGUGCCAGCAAUCCAUUAAAGUUGAUUGCUAUGAUGCCGCUUUCGAGUUCAACGGCAUUCCUUACGCUUGGUGGACCGACCGCAAUGGUGAAUCACGGUAUUUCUGGGCUGGAAACAAUAACAAUGCAAGCGGUCGUUACCAUACUUGUCAAUGCGGAUUAGACGGAAAUUGUAAAGACAAAAGCCUUUCGUGCAAUUGCGACAGCGAUUUGGCCAUCGAGUUAUCAGAUGUCGGAACUCUAAUGGACAAGGAAUUGUUGCCAGUGACAGCAUUGCAAUUCGGACGAACUAUAGCACCCACUUCUACGAACCGUCACACGCUCGGUCGGUUAGAGUGUAGCGGAAAAGUUGUACUCAACGGGAUGCCUUCCUCUUGUCAAGAUCUUUGGCGGAUCGGAUAUACCCUGAGCGGAUUGUAUUCCAUCAAAGGAUCGUCUUCCAACAAAGUUGAAACAGUUUACUGUGACUUCAGCAAACUGCCUGGCGAUCAAGAUCUCGAGACGCGGAUUGGAUCCAAUAACAUUGUAACAGUGCCUGUGUACUUCACCGUUGGGAGGACCACAUCAUUCUCUACUUUAAACACAAUCCUUUCCUUCGAGAAGGAAACACUGAAUGUUGGCGAUGCUUUUAACAUGUCGACGGGUGUUUUCACAGCACCUCGCAUCGGAACGUACUUUUUUGUUUUCUCCGGCUUCCCAGAAAAUGGCAAUCCUCUCUAUUUCAACCUUCAGUUGAACGAUGCAAAUGUUGCCAACUGCUACUCCCCCUACGUCUCAACAAAUUGCAAUAUUCCAUUCACCACGAAACUAAGUUCAGGGGAUCGAGUUCAGUUGUUUCUCCAAACAGGAUCAACAAAUAGUGCUGUUUUUACCGGAUGGCUGAUUGCGGAAGAUAUUUUCCAAUCUUAAAUUCUUGGAAUCAAAACGGAAACCCUAUCAAGCGCUUUAGCAACCUUAUGAUCAAUAAAACAUUUUCCAUUUUA